AUGUUUAUUGUAGCUUGUAAAAAUGGAUGGAAGCUUUAUCAGUCAUCUUGUUAUAAGUACUCGAACCGUCAAAGCAGAUGGACUGAUGCUGAAAGUCUUUGCCAGAAGGACGGAGCACAUCUCGCGAAAAUUACCAGUGAACAGGAACAAGAUUUCGUCUUUGGCCUAGGUGUUGAUCAAACGUUUCAAAUCUGGAUCGGUUUGCGGGCGCAAGGAUCCUCAGGAAAGUUCAUUUGGACAGAUGGAUCGCCAAUUGGUAACUUUAAUUUCUGGUCGGCGGGUGAGCCCACUCAAGGUUCUGACAUUUGUGUGGAAAUGCUUCGUAAUGAUAUUCGAGGGCGGUGGCAAACUGGCCAGUGUACAAUCAAACACAGUUCAUAUGUGUGUGAGAAAGAGAGAGCAUGUAACAUUGCAGGAGCAAGUGGUGAUUGUAAGACUGAUUUUGAAAUACCUAAGCUCAUGAAGUCUUGCCCAAGCGAAGAGAUCAUCUCAGCACCAUAUGAUCAUAGCGUGAGGUUUUCAUGCGAAGCACCUGGUUUUCCAAGACCCACAGUCACGUUUCUUAUUAACGGGGUAGAUUCGUAUGAGGUAAUUAACGAUAGUCACACAAUCAUGGAGCCUUACAAGACAACUUUAACGUAUUUUGUGACAAUGCCGUCUGACGUGGAGUGUCACAUCUCCAACAGAAUGGGCAGCACCUUUUGGAGAAUAAGAGUUAAUUUGAAAGAUGAUAAUCCGUCAUUUCUCAAAGCCGUCUUAAAACUAACGAAUGAGACUUUCACGUCUGAUCUCAAUAAUCCUUUGUCUGAGAAAUUUAACACACUGGCAGCUUGGCUGGAGAAUAUCCUAAUGUCUUUUUACGCAGGUGUUCUUGGUUUCAGAGAUGUGGAAGUUGUAAGAUUCAGAAAUGGAAGUGUCGUGGCAGACAUGCUCCUGUCUACGGCGAAUGGAACUUCAUCAGUAGUUCAGAAAAAACUCCUUGAGGCUGUGCGCUCGAAAAGCUUGCGAAAUUUUGAAGUUGAUUCGUUUGGCGCCGUGACAGCGUGUGCAAAGGAAUUUUUUAACGUGUCUUGGAGUGGUACUUUUGAGGGAGAAUUUGCCACACAGAACUGUCCCAGAGGAGCAACGGGUGUGGCCAAAAGGAAAUGCCUUAACGGCGGUGUGUGGGGAUACCCUGACUACGGAGAUUGCACCAGUGAGGAAUUCCAUCAACUGCAAGAAAAGAUGAACGGCUUGUUCACCUCAUCAAAUCCCUCUAACGGAAAACUCACAGCUAUUAUCACUGAGCUUUCUUCUCUAACUCAACCGAAGAAAUACGAUUCUGUGAUGGCUGGAAAUAUCAAGACAUCGACGCAGAUUUUACAAAAUGUGGUCUUUUACAACAAAAAGUUUUCUGACAGUCGGGAAACGGUGUCAGCAAAUAUCGAGGGAUUUCUACAGACCGUUAGUAAUCUCCUCCACACGAACAAUCUCAGAGAUUUCCAGCGCCUUCAAGAGACCGAUAGCACUACAACUGAUUUGACCAGAAUAAUCGAGGAUUAUGGACUUCAGGCAGCUGCUGGACACGAAAAAACCGAAAGGCAAAGCGUGGUGAAAGAUAACAUAGCUAUGGAAACAAGACUUGUGCCUGGCAAUGUGCAAGAACCUUUGGUGUUUCCAAGUCAUUCAGAUUAUGAGGAUGGCAUCCUCUCUUCACCAGCAUGGGCUAAAAGUGGAAAGCAGUUUAUCGAGUUACCAGUAGAAAAAUUCAAUCGACAAUCCCAUCGUUUAGCAAACGGAACAAAUGUAGCCAGUUUUCUUUUCAGAACAUUGACUCCAUUUUUGUCACAGCAGAGUGCAUUCGAACAAUUUGGUAAGGGGUCUAGCGUGGUAUCACGUAUAAUUGCCAGCUCGGUGCAGCCACCUGUUGUGAAACUCGAGAACCAUGUUGUGGUUGACUUCUUUGGUAUUCAGGAAAACAAUGGCAGUGUGUUUUGCGUUUAUUGGGAUUAUAACAUAAAUUCCAGAGGCGGAGGUUGGUCGAAAGAUGGCUGUAAGCUGGCGUCACAUAAAAAUGAUACAGUCACUUGUAAAUGUAACCACUUGACAAAUUUUGCUGUUUUGAUGGAUCCGUCUGGGAUAUCCUCUGAGCACCCGGUACACCAAGAAUCUUUGAGAUACAUCUCUGUAUUUGGUUGUUCCCUUUCGCUGUUGGGAAUUAUUGUUACACUUAUUCUUCACUGCGUUUUAUGGAGAAUAUUAAAGUCUCACAAGACAGUGAUCCAUGUCAAUCUGUGUAUCGCACUUUUGGCUGCAAACGUUCUUCUUCUAAUCGGAUCAGCAUCCACAGAGAACGAGGUUCUUUGCAAAGUAAUCUCCGCCUUGCUUCACUUUUUCUAUCUGAGUGCUAUAUUUUGGAUGCUGGUCGAGGGAAUACAGAUAUAUUCUUCACUUGUUAAAGUAUUCGGUGGGGGAAGCAAACAAAAAUAUUUCUAUCUUCUUGGCUGGGGUUUUCCGCUGUUGUACGUUACGAUAUGUCUAGCAAUCACAAGGACAGAAGGAUACGGAGGAGAUAAAACAUGCUGGCUAUCUAUCUCAUCUGGGUUAAUUUGGACAUUUAUAGCCCCUUCCCUUGCUGUUGUGUCGGUAAAUUGCAUUAUAUUUGUAUUGGUUUUACGGGCCAUGAUGACGAGUCACAAAAUGAUUGGGGCUCAAGACAAAGAAAAAAUCAAACUUGGUAUAAAGUGUUCUAUUGUGCUUCUUCCUCUUCUCGGGAUCACGUGGGUGUUUGGGGUCUUAGCGUUUGAUCAAGCCACAGUGGUAUUCCUGUACCUAUUUGCAAUCUUCAACUCGCUUCAGGGCUUCUUCAUAUUUGUUUUCCACUGUUUAUUCGAUCAACAGGUUAGGUCAGCAAUAAUGACAUGGAAAAGAAAACGUCAACAAGCAGCUUACGCUUCAGGUGUUGAUGCGAUGCAAAAGAGCAAACCAGUAAGCUGUAGUCUCACAACGGAGAGGUUACCAAGCCAUGGCGUUAGAAUGACUGAUUUGAGAAACAAGGCAAAUUAUCAGAACUACAGACGUAGUGGAGAAAUGAAUGGAAACUUCUCAUAAUUCAAGUGGACGAAAGAGAAGCCAAAGAAUUAAUAAAUUAAUUGAAAAGACAACAACGAAGACAUGAAUAGAGCGAAAUGGUGACAUUGAAUCGGGACGAUGGAUUUCGUAAUAUAUUAAAUAUGAAGCACAUUGGCUAUUCAUCGUGAAUUGAAUUUCAACCAACCAAAGAGCAGAGGAGAUUUCAGUCCACGGCUUACACAAAUUCUAGGUUGCUUUGAAUUAAAAAAAUCAAUAGCUGAUUAUUGCGGAGAGGAAGUCCCACGUUAUUGAGCGUUAGCAGUUAUUUAUCGCACAAUGCUAGCCUCUAGAAUUCUUGCAUUAUCAAAGAACUUAGGUUUUAAAAUUCGUGUUUAAGUAUAAGACAAGUUGAUCGUGUUUUGAUCGAAGCGGACCAAGAUCAAUCUAAAUUACUUAUAGAAUUUAACUUUAAGACUAUAAUAUAAAAGACGUUUGUAAAUGCCACAUUCAAUUUAUUUUCCACAGUUUUUUUGGUAUAAAUCUCAUAUUUAAUGUACUUCUUAGCUGAUAUUAAAAGCAGUAUUUCUUUUCCUUUAGAUUCCUUUUUUUUUUUACAAUUGAUUUAUUUCUACGCUUAGAGAACUAAAACAAGAACUCGUUAACGUCAGUGAUUAUAUUUUCGUUGAAAUUUUUCUUUGUUUUUCUUUGUGAAUAGAGACUGACAUGGUUUAUCUAUGAAACUUAAGAUUGCUGAUGAAGGUGUAAUAGGAACACACAUUGUCGUUCAUAUUUGAGUUCCGAACCUGAGUAAUGAAAGUUCAAAAAAAAACUUGAAAAACAUGAUCAUGAAUGAUUUAAAAAUGAUUUAUACUAGAAAAUUACAUUAGUUAUCGAAUAUAGUUCUCAACUUUUUCCAGAAGUAUGGCAAAGAGUGUGCAUGCCUUACCUAUUGAGAUAAAUAUAUGCAAACGCGGUGGUUAUCAACGAUACAAAAUACUGCAAAAAUCCGUGCAUGAAAUUUAAUGUUUUUAUACUGAGUACAGAGCUCUCAUCCCAUAGUUCCAAAUAAAAGACUUUUUUCGUCGA